AUGAAGUCCUUCAUUGCUAUCGCCCUCCUCUCCCUCGCUGCCUCCCUCUCCAGCGCCGCGCCCACCCCCGUGUGCAGCCCGCAGAGCACGGCAACCGUCGUCAAAACCGUGACGGUCGACGGCCCCAGCCCAACUUCCGGGGCGCCAACCCCCUUCGCAACGCCCACCGGCCCGCCAAUCACCCCCCCGCUCCCGCUCCAGGGCUACCAGCUUCCCGUGACGCUCCCCAACGGCGUCGUCGCCCUCGGCGCAUAUCUCCAGGUCUCCGUCGAGGCCGCGCAGCCCGACACCACAAUCUACGAGACGAAGCAGAUCGGCCCCGAUACCUACAUGGCGUUCGAGUUUAACUUGACCCACGCGGGAAAGAAGUGCCGCUUCCACUUUGCCUUCUCCGCAGGCGACGGCACGAACGGGUACGGGUCGCAGGAUGUCUAUGCGCUCACCAGCGGAGAGGUCACUGACGAGACUACGUACAAUAACAAGCCGGUCUCGAGCGCUACGAGGCUUGCGUCGUUCCUUCCGGGGCCGAAGGAUGAUCAGCAAGAGAGACUUCAGUUGGGCGACUCUUCGAACGGGGACUCGCUGCUUCUCACGGCUCAGAAGGAAGAUUUUGAUUGUCCUACCAAGCCCACCGGGUAUGAGGUUAGGGGCGCGGGCACGAUCAAGAGCAGCGCCAACUGGAGCUGGAAUCACGGGCUUAUCAUCGAGGUCUUGGAUGAGUCGAAGCCGUGGGCCGAUGGCCUGAAGUGGUAG